UCGUCAAUCCUGUAUCUGCGCAGUUUCAAUGCGUGGGUCCUGAGUGCGCUAGGCUAGUGAGGUGAAGAUGGGCAUCUUCGCCAACGUCGCCAAUGCGAUAUGGGCCCGUCUACUUGAUCACAAAGGCAAAGUCACCUCGUUCGGCGGCUUCUUGUUUGGGAUCUUAUGCGCAUUGGCAUUCAAAGACUUCUAUCCCGACCUCGAACAUUCCUUCCGACGGCGCAUGCGAAGACUCCGUGGACCUGAGAUUCCGCAUCUUGCGCCUGGUCAGCACGAUCAAGUCCGCUUAGAAGACCACACCGAACGGAAGUCGUCGGGGCUUGUAGUUGACUCUAACGAUGCCAGACGGACGCUUGACUCCAUUGGCGCCAAUAUCGCAGUCGGUGUUGAAGGCCUUGUUGGUCACACGCCGCUUGUCAAGCUCAAGUACCUAAGCGAGGCGACCGACUGCGAGAUCCUGGCGAAAGCCGAGUAUUUGAACGGCGCUGGCAACUCACCCAAGGACCGUGUGGCGCUAUCAAUGAUUAACCUUGCCGAGGAAGAAGGUCUUCUCGUACCAGGCAGAGGCGACACAAUCUAUGAGGGUACCGUAGGCUCAACAGGCAUUUCCCUGGCCGCGGUAUGUAGGGCGAGAGGAUACAAGGCUUACAUAUGCAUGCCUGACGACCAGGCUACCGAAAAGUCCGACUUACUGCUUAAGCUUGGCGCAAUAGUGGAACGCGUACGCCCGGCUUCAAUCGUAGAUCAAGACCAAUUCGUCAACCUCGCUCGUCGUCGCGCCGAAGAGCAUACCGACGAUUCGGAUAAGCCCGGUCGAGGGUUCUUCGCCGACCAAUUCGAAAAUACCGCCAAUUAUCUUGCCCACCAGAACACAACAGGUCCUGAAAUCUACGCGCAAACCCAAGGCCACAUCGACGCCUUUGUAGCUGGUGCAGGCACGGGCGGCACCAUCUCUGGCGUGGCGCUCGCGCUCAAGCCACUACUGCCGGAUAUGCAGGUUGUGCUUGCAGACCCGCAGGGUUCCGGGUUAUACAACAAGAUCAAGUAUGGUGUGCUAUUCUCUGCCACUGAGACAGAGGGGACGCGCCGUCGACAUCAGGUGGAUAGUAUUGUAGAAGGCGUAGGGAUCAAUCGUCUGACUGCUAACUUCAGCGCUGGAAUGCAUCUCAUAGAUGAUGCGGUGAAGGUAGGCGAUAAGCAGGCCAUGCAGAUGGCGCGGUGGCUAGUUGAGAAGGAGGGUCUGUUUGUUGGAGCGAGCAGUGCUGUGAACUGCGUUGCAGCAGCCUAUCUGGCGAAAAAGUUGGGGAAAGGGAAGACGAUUGUGACGGUGUUGUGCGAUUCAGGAACGCGCCAUCUUAGCAAAUUCUGGAAAGAAGCUGGAAACAUAGAAGCAGCAGAAGAGGAACUGGAUCUCGAAGAGAUUCUUGACGGAGUAAAGUGACAACGAAGCCAGGAUUGCGCCAAGGCUCGCAGCCUUCCAACUUGGUUGGCAUCGUCGAAGGCGCAGUGUGCACAGUACAAUUGUGGUGAGUUGCGGCCUGGCUGAGUGGAUGAAGCAACACUGCCGCAAGCACAAGAGCUCCCGUGAGGUGCGGUCAACAUCUCGCAUCUACCCCAACAGGGCACCGCACAACGCAACCAACACGGACAGUACACCCACUCCCAUCACAUCCAAUUUCGGGAGUGUGCUACCGCAUGUUGACAGUUCGAAAGGACCGAUCCCUCCGACCUGGUAAUGUGACAUGACAACGUUC